AUGAACACCAAAAUGAACUCUGCUGUUGAAGCUCUGGGAGAAGAAUCGAGCAUUGGUGUAAAUGACAAUGCUACAGAUGUCUACAGUGCAAGUUCUGUUGCAGAGAUCCGAUCUAAACUCUCAAAGCUCCAUAUGCGCGAUGCUGCUGUCACUUCACAGCUAGACGAGUUGCUUGCAUCUCAGAAGGACUUCCAACGUGAACUGAGAAGACUCGACAUCCUACGUGCCGGGCUAAGCACACAGAGCUCCAAGACGCGCUCGAUCAGCAAUGGCAUGAUCUCGAAUGCUGCAGCCACCGCGAACAAGAUCUCGAGUUCUGUGAAACGACUUGACCUGGAGCAGUCCCGCGUCAAGGCUACUUUGGACGUGGUGGACCAAGUUGCUGAGCUGAAGGCAUGCCUGCUUGGGGUUAUGGGAUCGAUGGGAGCUCCUCAGGACUGGGAGACCGCUGCAAGCUAUCUGUCACGCGCAUCCAAAAUUCCUAAGGAUGUUAUUAAUGGACUGUUUGCGGCCAGGAUAGUGCCUACAGCAGAAGUUCCAGAUGCACCAAACAUCACGCUAGAAAAUGCGUCAGAAUCCUUGUGUGGUCUCUUCUUACGCGAAUUCGACAAGGCUAUCAAGGACAACGAUGGCCCGAAAAUUACGCGUUUCUUCAAACUCUUCCCGCUGAUCGGACGGUCAGAUGUGGGACUCGACGUAUAUGGACGUUACGUUUGUCAGGGCGUAGCGGGCAGGGCGAGAGCAAACUUGAACGCGGGCACUGGCGGCAGCCAGAGUAAGGAUGGGUAUUUCUACGCUAAUGCGCUGACGAAGCUCUUCGAGCACAUCGCGCAAAUUAUUGACGGCCAUGGGAGCCUGAUAGAGCGUCACUACGGCAGUGGCAAAACGAUCCGAGUCAUUGAGCGAUUGCAGGUCGAAGCUGAUCUGCAAGGCGGCAUCAUACUCGACGCAUGGGCAGACGAACGACAAGUCGAUCGAAAGCUUACCGACAUCAAGUCUUACGCUUACACAUUCUUAGUACAGAGCUUUCUACCACCUCAGCGAGGCAAUACCGGAACACCGAGAUCGAGCUCUCCAGCCAAUCAGCCAAAUUCACGAUCCAGCGAGGAUGAGGGUGUGGAUAUGAAGGAAAUUGAUGCACUCUUGAACGAGAUGGCUGUCAUGAUGGGAAAAUGGUCACUCUACGUGAGGUUCAUCACUGACAAGUGCAAGCCCUCCAAUGAUAUCGAUUGGGAUGUGCCCACGUUUUUGACCAGCUCAGCGCUUGCGAGGAAGGUGACUGGUCGACUGAUCUCCCCUUUCAACGCUAUGACAACCUUCUUCUUUCGACGAUCAGUCGAAAAGGCAUUCCAGCUUGACGAGCAGCCACCGAACCUGUCGCUCAAUCCGCACAAACCACUGAAUUCGAAUCCGCCGCACAUCUCAUCGGCUGUGGAAGACAUUAUGUAUAUCUUUAACAAGGUCCUUCAGCAGUCUCUAGCCACUUCUCAGAAAGAUGUUGUCUCUAGCGUGGUGCCGACGCUGGCCCGAAUCAUGGGUUCAGACUUCAUUGGCAUGAUUCAACGCAAGAUGCGAGACGAGAGCUACCCCAAAGCCGCGAUUCAGGGAGCGCUUCCUCCCGAGCACACCAUCGUUGCAUUCCUGGUCCUCAUCAACGAUUUAGAUGUUGCUAUGGACUAUGUCAAGCAGAUUAUUCGCUCACAGACCGAAUCAGCAGCAACAUCAGAGCAAGCGGCGGCUAGGUUGCUAGACAGCUUGUUCCCGCUCGCACAUGACGCCGAAGCGGUCAGCGAUAUCUUGAGAUCUUUGGAUGCUACAUUUGAGAACAAGACAACGGAACUUCUGAACGAAAGUGUCCAUGUUGUGUUCAACAACGUGAUGAAGCCGCGGUUGAGGCCUAUAUUACUUGAUGCCUUCCGUGACGUUGAGUACCAAUUGACCAAAGAAGAGAUUGAGGAGCUAGCACAGGAAGAAGGCAGAGAAGAAGAAGAUGGAGAGCGCGUUCGUCGACGUUUCCAGCAUGGUUGGGACGCUCUGACCAAACCAAUUGCUCGAAUCAUGACCGAAAGCACGUUUGAUAGACUACUUACGAUAGUCGUCUCGUAUCUAAGCAAAUUGCUUGAGAAGAAGAUUUGGAGCUAUCAUGGGCGUGUGAAUGAGCUUGGGGCUGUCCGGCUGGAACGGGAUAUCAACAACAUUGCUGCCGUCAUCGUGCAAGGUAAGAAGUAUGCAUACCGAGGCGCAUUCUUGAAAUGCAGUCAGAUUUGUAUGGUGAUGAACAUGGAGGAGGAUGAAUGGGAGGAGCUUCAGUUGAACAGUGACACUUCCAAUGAUAUUGCUGACAGAGUCACUCCAGAGGAGAGACUGAGGGCAAGGGCGAUGAUCAAGGAGAUGGACUGA